AUGAGGGGGCCGUUAAAGACGACAUUCCUUUCGUCUUAUCAAAAGCAAGAAAUAAAAAAAGGCCAAAACAUGCUGACCGUAGUGGGUUGGGCAAAGAAGAUGGGUUGCGCCGGUGAAGCCGGCAAGGGUAAUGUGGUGGAGCUAAGUGACAUGGUCAUUACAGUGAAAAAGACCAGUCAACUGAUCUCUUUGAAUGUUUUGGGUAACUAA